UGCUCCCUGUCGGGAUUUGGCAUGGACAACGCACGAAUAACUCUGGAGACCUGGAGACGGUUUCUCUUCCUGUUCCACAUGACUAUUAUGACGAGUUCUAUAACCCGAAAGCUUUGAUCAACUGGAUAGUACGUACGAUUGGCGUCAUCCUUUAGGAUAGCUAACGCUAUCCACUCCAGGGCCCAAAAAGUCUACUCUUCGAGACCUUCGUCUGCAGCGAGUCCGCGCUUGAUGAGCACCUCCAACUCCUGCUGUAUCUCGAAGCGCAUCGGCAUGUACACAUGAAACUAAAGUCUAUCAAGCUCUGCGUGCCCGCCCCAUGUGCUGCCUUCGCGACGCCGGGGGCGGCAGUACACAAUGGAGAAGCCGUUACGCAUGUGGAUAUGAUGUACGAAGGCCUCCAGGGUAACUCGUUCGCGAUGCAGUUAAGGUCGCUAGUGCGAAGGGAUGUCGGGCCGAAUGGCCGCUUGAUAGGGAAUCGGCAGCGGACGCAAAGUUACACGCAGGCAGGGCUCGUAACCGUCUCUGAUGUCUUCGAAUGGACUGAAACAGGAGGCAGGGCAUUCCAAACCGACGUCCCACCAUGGGCAGUCAUGAUUACCCGGACAAACGGCUAUGUGAGGACGGUGGGGAGGUCUUGAUGGACAUCAAAAAGGUCGCCGAAGGGUUUCGGAAGAUGACUCGUGAUGAAGCCUAGAAGUUUGGACUUCAAUGUGGAGCUUUGUGGUGUUUUGGACGAUCUGCUGGGACUUUGGCGGUCAGCGUGGAAAUCAGCAAUUCUCAGCGUAGAAUCAAGUGCAUUCCUGUGUCGGAGUGUCAUCGUCCGGAGGCCUGAGCGAAUGUCAUCCACUUCCUUGGCAUUUGUCAUCUGGCGCUGGGACAGGAAGCCAAGACUGCAUCUGGCCGGGGACGCCCUUCAGGAAGAUUGGCCUCCAAGCAUCUCAAUCGGACGCAAAAUCCUCCUUGAGCUCUUCACUGUCCCCACAUUGCAUGGUGCUACUGUAAGUACAUGAACAUACUUUGACAAGCGACUGUCGAAUGCCUUGACAACGCAAGUUCCGACGAUGUGUCAUGAGACUGUCCACUAUUCCUCCUCGG